GACGCCCUCGCUCGCCGCACUGGAGCCACAUUCCACGAACCACGGAAAGGCGGCGGCGGAGCGGAGGUGCCGGCCAGUGGGGCUCUCCUCGGAAUCGCCCGUCCUCUCGUCCGCGGAGCGAAGGCGCCGGCGUCGGCACGGCGCCGGCAGGAUAGAGUGGGACUUGCUUGUCGCAAUGCCUCGCCCAGUCAGGCGUUGACCUCUCACGCGGUGGUCCUCGUCGGAAACGGACAAGAGGGGCGAGCUUUUGUCGGGAGCUUCUGAACAAUCUGGGAUGGCGUUCGCCCGUUUCUGCGACGGGUGCAAUACAAGGUCUUAUCCAAAUGUUUUUGUACUGCGUAUAUGCAGGCAAGGGCAAGGUGUUCGUGGAAAUGUCACGCAGCACUGGUUCAGAAAGCCAAUGUCACGAAGCAAGGACCAUGGGCUAAAAGCUUCCGGUUCAUGCAGAAUCAGCUAGAGCUCCAUCCAAUAUUCAUGCGGAAUCUCUCUCGUUAAGGUUCCGGUGGUUCGUGGCGGCGGUGGUGUUCAUUUGCAUGCGUGCAAGCAAGCGAAUGUGUUCAUGGAAAUGACCCGAUCCCUUGGUUUAGAAUGGAAAUAUCGCGCAGCAAGGAUCACGCUACAAAGGCUUCCUGUGCAUGCAAUCGGUGAGGCUCCAUCCAACAUGACUAGUCUGCCAUCAGAUGAUGGGUGUUACAAUCUACCUUGCUCUCUAUGAGCUUGUUUCAUCCGCUUAGCAUGCUGAAGAUAGCUUGUUUCACAAAGAGUGCUCUUGUUCUACUUGGGUGAAGGAUCUGUAACAAAGCAGUCUGGUGUGGCCAUAGUCCUGGAAGCAAGCAGCCCAGCAGACAGAAGAUGGACAUCGCAAAGCUUGCAGGGGUUGAUGCAAUCAAGCUUGUCGUCAUGAUUGUGCAGGCAUCUCAGACUGUUCGCCAUAACAAGAAGACCUGCCAGCAGCUUGUUCAGCAUGUGCAAAUAAUUGGUGACCUGCUGAAAAAGUUGCAGGCUUCAGAGAUGAUGCAACAACCAGAGAUCAGGAACGGAUUGAGUGAGCUCGAGCAGAUCCUACGUGAAGCGUACAUGCUUGUCACGUCCUGCCAAAACAACAACUAUGUGUACCACCUUUUCAUGGCUGCGAAGCAGGCAGAUCAGUUCCGAGUUCUACAGAAUAGAUUGAACUCUUGUCUCCAAGUUUUCCCACUCAUCAGCCACAUCGACACCACAGAUCACCUGGACCAAAUUCUUGAAAUCAUACGGCCUCAGCAUUCGCAGGCUGUAAAAGAGGUGCCAAGACUGUUUACAGGUUGCUCAUCCUGUGACACCAGGACUGAAGUAUAUGGUGAAGUUAAAAAGCGCCCUCUCCAAUUGAAUUGUGCUGAGCCACUCAAGUUCAGUUUAACCCAGUUGGUUGAUGCUACAAACAAAUUCUCCGAUCAGAAUCAAAUUGGACAAGGUAGCUUUGGUUGUGUUUACAAGGGUCAACUGCAUGAUGGACUUGUGGUUGCUGUCAAAAGAUGUUUUCAUUUACCUUCUUCACCUAAUCAACUGGAUGUCCAAGAUUUGGAGUUUCAAAAUGAGAUUUACUUUCUUACGAAGCUUCAGCAUACCAAUAUAGUUAAGCUUCUUGGCAACUGUAUGCAGGAAAGUCAGAGGAUCUUGGUCUAUGAGUAUAUGGCGAAUGGAAGCCUCGAUAACUUUAUAUCUGGUACUGGAACAGGAAGGUUGUUUCUGGACUGGCCUGCACGCUCUCGGAUAAUGAAAGGGGUAGCUGAGGGAUUGCUUUACCUUCAUAAGCAUUGUGGACUGCAUGUUAUACAUGGAGAUUUAAAGCCAAGCAACAUUCUCUUGGACUUGAACUUGCAUCCCAAGAUUUCUGAUUUUGGCUUGGCGAGAACAUAUAGUCCAGGUGUAGAGGAAGAGUUUGCCGACCGCAUAGUAGGAUCAAUUGGUUUCACCGCUCCAGAAUGUAGGGAAAGACGUAUUUUCUCAAUCAAAUCAGAUGUGUAUGGCUUCGGAGCAUUGCUUCUCGAGAUAGUAAGUGGACGCAGAUGCUUUUCACUUGCAAGUGGAGAAUCUGGAGAUGAUCAUGGAUUUCUGAAUAGGAAGGCCUGGCGUUUAUGGAGAGCAGGAAGAUUGAUCAAGCUUUUCCAUUCACCCCUAGGCAAUGAAUCCGAGAGGACAGAGAUACUAAGAUGCAUCCAGAUAGCACUGCUGUGCGUCGAACAGGACCCUGCAAACCGGCCUACCAUGCAGGAGGUUGUUCUGAUGCUCAGCUGCCACGAUGUUGCACUGCCUAUGCCUCAGCGACCAGCUUACCUAACGGUUGGAAAGGCGCGCGCCCACUAAUAGGCAGACAUCUGAUGGGAUAAAUUCGCAAGUUUUUCAGUUUACCGAAGUGUAUGCAUAGCUUUGUUUCAUGCUUAUGAACAUUUUGAAGACCCCUGGAAAUCCUCAAAUUUUUUGUUCAAUGAGAGAGAAAGAUUCAAUUGAUUACUUUAA